AUGCUACCCCAGGACCACUACAUCGGCGUAGACGUCGGGACAGGCUCCGCGCGGGCCUGCAUCAUUGACGCAACUGGCGAGAUCAAGGCGCUCGCCAGCGAGAACAUCAAGCUCUGGCAGCCCGCACACGGCUACACCGGCUCACACUAUGAACAAUCCACAACCGACAUCUGGCGGGCGAUCGCGCACUGCGUGCGCAAGACGAUGGCCGACUCGCAGACGGACCCGGCCACGAUCAAGGGCAUCGGGUUCGACGCGACGUGCUCGCUGGCGGUGUUCACGCACGACACGGACGAGCCGGUGCCCGUGACGGGCCCGGACUUCGCCAACGCCAACGGCGAGGACCGCAACGUGAUCCUGUGGCUGGACCACCGGCCCCUGGCCGAGACGGAGCUGAUCAACGAGACGGGCCACAACCUGCUGCGCUACCUCGGCGGCAAGAUGAACGUCGAGAUGGAGAUGCCCAAGGUCCUCUGGCUCAAGAACCACAUGCCCGCCGAGCUGUUCAACCGCUGCAAGUUCUACGAUCUUGCGGAUGCGCUGACCCAUCUCGCCACCGGCGGCGAGACCCGCAGCUUCUGCAGCGCCGUGUGCAAGCAGGGCUACGUACCUGUCGGCGUGGACGGGAGCGUCAAGGGCUGGCAGGAGGAUUUCUAUAGAGAUAUUGGCCUUGGGGAACUGGCUGAUGAUGGGUUCAAGCGGGUGGGCGGUGUUAAUGGAGUUAACGGCGAGUUCUUGAGCGCGGGUGAGAUGGUUGGUGGGCUGUGCGAGAAGGCGGCCAAGGAAUUUGGUCUGCCGGCCGGCAUUGCGAUCGGGAGCGGUGUCAUUGACGCCUACGCCGGCUGGAUCGGCACGGUUGGCGCCAAGGUCAAGCUGGACCCGGACUGCCUUGACGAUUCCGUCGCACCGAACGAUGUCUCACAGGCCUUCACACGGCUGGCUUCCGUGGCGGGCACGUCGACCUGCCACUUGGCCAUGUCCAGGGAGCCCGUCUUCGUACCGGGCGUCUGGGGCCCUUACCGUGACGUCUUGAUCCCCGACUUCUGGAUGGCUGAGGGUGGGCAGUCGGCCACCGGUGAGCUCAUGAAGCACAUGCUCGAGACCCACGCUGCGUACUACGACACGCUGGCAGAGGCCGAGGCGGUGGGGAAGAGCAUCUACGACUACCUCAACGACCACCUGCGGCACCUCGCCGAGAAGACCGAAGCGCCGUCCAUCUCGUUCUUGGUCCGGCACUACUUCUUCUACGGCGACCUCUGGGGCAACCGGUCGCCGGUCGCCGACCCUAACAUGCGCGGCGCCAUCAUCGGCAUGAGCAGCGACAAGAGCAAGGACGGCAUGGCGCUGCUGUACUACUCGACCAUGGAGUUCAUCGCGCUACAGACCCGGCAGAUCGUCGAGGCCAUGAACAACUCCGGACACAGUAUUAAGAGUAUCUUCAUGUCCGGCAGCCAGUGCCAGAACGAGAUCCUCAUGGACCUGAUCGCCACGGCGUGCGGCAUGCCGGUGCUGAUCCCGCGCUACGUCAACGCGGCCGUCGUGCACGGUGCCGCGAUGCUGGGAGCUAAGGCGGCCAGCGUAGGCAAGAACGGCAAGUCGGAGCCGCUGUGGAACAUCAUGGACCGCAUGAGCAAGCCGGGCAAGGUGGUCUGGUGCCGGAACGACCCGGCCGAGAAGAAGUUGCUGGAUGCCAAGUACGAAGUGUUCUUGGACCAGUGCAAGACCCAACAGGAUUACCGGAAGAAGAUUGACGAGGCGCUCAAGGGAAUUGGCGCUAUCAACGCUACCAUGUCACUUUUCAUGGGUAGGGGGACACCCGCGAAUUCACAAUCGACGGGAAUGUUGGGCGCUUCAACUCCAGGAGCCAACCAAGGCGCCACCCCGGGCGCCGGUAACAGCAUUUUUGGCGCGACGACCACGGGGAAUUCUCUUUUCGGUAGCAGUGCCGCAGCUGGGACGACGACCCCCACCCAGCCUCGACCUGCGGGACUCAACCUCGGUUCCUCGCUGUUCGGCACAUCGACGACCACCCCGCAAGGGUCGCUCUUCGGCGGAGGCAACCAGCAACAGCAACAAGCAGGGACCAACCAACCCGCCACCACGGGAGGGAACAGCCUCUUCGGUAGCACCUUGGGCCUGGGCGCCUCAACCGCAACCACUACGCAGCCAGCCGGAGCUAGCCUUCUCUCCGCUCCCCAGGGCGGGGGUCUGCGUCUAGGAGGCCUUGGUUUUGGCAGCACCACCAACACAAACCCGGCUGCGUCAACGAACCAGCAGCAACAGCAACAAGGCCCGCCGUCCGCCCUCCCGACGGGCGCCCUAUUCGACAGCCUGCUAGCGAAGAACAAGAAACAAGCCGAGGGGGAAACCGCGCUCGGGGAGCUGCCUUCGCUCCAGCUGGGACUGGGCGAUCUCCGUCAGCGUCUCAGGUCGCUCGGCCCCUCGCAAGACAAGCCUCUGGAGCAUGGGAAGGCGCACUACUUCCUCGCCGCUUCGGGCGUCGACCCUGGCGCGGCCGUGCGCGAUCUGGGCGCCUUCGGGCUCCAGGCACGGGAGCGGGGCGCUGCUGGCCCAGGGUCCGGGUUCGGCGGCGGUGCUGGCGAACUUGACGUCGAGGCGUACCUUUCGAACCUGCAAACCAAGACGACGUUGAGCAUGAUCGCAGACGGGCUGGAUCGGUCAGUGCGGGACUUCGACACGUUCCUCGAGGACAACGUGACGAUGGAGUGGGAGGCACAGCGGAAGCGGAUUUAUCAGCAUUUUGGAAUCAAGCCGCGGGAGGAGGCCACGGAUUCUGCGCAGGCCGCAGCGCGCGCGUCGACACCACAAAAAGAUGGACAGGGCACGUUUGGACGAUCUAGGCGCAAGGCUAGCCAGGCUGCUGGUGGCGAGCGGGCCACCUCGCGGGCGAGCGUGUUGGGUAGAUCGGCUAUGCAGCGCUCUGUUAUUGGGGCCCCUAGCCGGAUUGGAUCUCACGCCAGCGAGUUCACGGAUGUAGAAGCCCGCAAGAACGUGGUUGGGUCCGGCGGCGUUGGGUCGAUGGAUGAUCGGUUCUUGCGCGAGAAGCAGAGCAAGCUGGCCGAGAAGAUCCACGAGUUCAACAAUGCCCGCCAGCAGUCGCUGCCCAUCUACAUUUGCCGCGACUUGGCUGAGUUGGAGUCCAAGUCUGGAGAUCCUCACGGGCCGCACCUCGUCGAGGCGUAUCGGGCGAUGAUGGAAAUUGUUGGGGAAUUUCCCGAAGCAGAGGAGACGCCCAAGGAGCGGCAAUACGCCAAGCUGUACCUGGACCCCAACCAUCACUCUGCCAACGCCGUGGCGAUGCGGAAGCAGAUUCUGAACGGAGCCAACGCCUUUUUGGAAAAGCAGUUCUGGAACGAGGUGAACUCGCUGAUCGCCAAGUACCCGCAGGACGCCAACCUGGGCGGCCUGCCAGACGUGGUCAGCAAGAUCAAGGCCUACAUCCGGCUCCGCCUCGCCCGGAAAACGCUCGUCCCGGACAAUGUCGACCUCCAGCAGGCGAACAACGAGUACAUUUGGGCCAUCGUCUUCUACCUAUUGCGGGCGGGUUUUGUUCAUGAAGCCGCGCAGUACGUCAACGAGAACCAGAACCACUUCCGCAGCAUCGACCGGACCUUUUCGGGCUACAUCAACAGCUACGCCUCUAGCGAAGAGCGCCGGCUGAAGCGGCAGAUGCAGGACCGGUGCAUGAGCGAGUACAACCAACGAAUCCGCAAUGCGCCCGAGGGCUCGAUUGACCCCUUCCGCAUGGCUUGCUACAAGAUCAUCGGCCGCUGUGAUCUCACCAACCGGAGCCUGGAUGGAUUGCAAACGGAUGUCAACGACUGGAUCUGGCUGCAGUUCAACCUGGCCCGGGAGACGGACCGGUCCUUGGAGCUCGCAGGCGAGUCGUACGGCCUCACCGAGCUCCAGAUCAGCAUUCGCGAGAUCGGCUUGAAGCACUUCCCCAAGACACCGGCCGAAGAUACUAACGGUAGCUUCGGCAUGUUCUUUUACCUGCAGGUGCUGUCGGGCAUGUUCGAACAGGCGAUCGCCUACCUCUACCCCUUCUCCUACGUCGACGCGGUCCACUUCGCCAUUGCGCUUACCUACUACGGUCUCCUGCGCCCGGCGGACGCACAGUCGGCGGCCAACGAGCUGCUGUCUCACAACACACGGAGCCAGCCGCAGAUCAACUUUGGGCGCAUGCUCGGCUACUACACCCGCGACUUCCGCGCUGCUAACGCCGCCGCGGCGGUCGACUAUCUCGUGCUCAUAUGCCUGAAUGCGGACGACGCCGGCGGCCAGCAGCAGGCGGCGCUCUGUCACGAGGCCCUGCGCGAGCUGGUGCUCGAGUCGCGCGAGUUCAGCCGGCUGAUCGGCGACAUCAAGCCGGAUGGACAGCGCAUCAGGGGCGUGGUCGAGGACCGUGGGCCGCUGAUUGCGCUCGGCCAGGAGGACGACUUCAUCCGCGCCAUCACGCUGCAGGCGGCCAGCUUCGCCGACGACAACGGGCGCACGACCGACGCGGUCCUGCUGUACCACCUGGCGGAGGACUACGACACGGUCGUGUCGAUUGUCAGCAGGGCGCUGAGCGAGGCGGUUUCGCUCGAAAUUGGCGAGGAGUCCAUGCGGCUGGUGCCGGUGAAGCCCCGCGUCGAGGGCGGCGCGGAGCCGGAUGCUGCUCAGCGGGGCAGCAGUCUGAGCCUGGCGGCCAUCGACGACCCGGUGGAGCUGGCCAAGACGAUGAUGAGCAUGUACGAGCGGGACCACAUGUUCUGGCAGAAGAUCCGCGACCCGAACCGGACGGCAUGCUCGGUGCUACUGCAGAUGAGCGACAUCAAGAACAUGGUCGAGCAGGGCAAGUGGCCGCAGUGCUUGGAUAAAAUCCGGUCCCUCGACAUCCUCCCGCUCACGGCGCGCGGCGACCCGAGCGUGAUCCGGGCGUAUGCGGCGCGGUUCUCGUCGCUGUCGCAGCCCGUGGCCAUCAACGUGCCCAACCUGCUCAUGUGGACGGUCGUCUGCUGCACCAAGCAGCGCGAGCGCCUCGCGACGGGCCAGUUCAGCGGCAACCAGUCGACGGCCCGCCAGAUGGUCGACGAGCUCAAGCAGAUGAGCGUCGACCUCACCUCGUACACCAGCCAGCUGCGCUACCGCCUGCCGCCGCACCUGCACGAGGCGCUGGCGAGGGCGUCGGCGGAUUGA